CAUGUCGUCCGAAUGGAUGUAUUCGAUGCAGUGCCCACAGGUGGAAGCAGAGGAAGAAUAAGACCCCCCUCCGUUAAAACAAGGAGUGAAUAGCGCGUUAUAAUUGAUUCGACUAUAAUCGCGUAAGCGGUCAAAUAAAUAAGAAGAUUCGUCAAAAAAUGUUGUAAAAGAAAUAAUUUAAAAAAAAUUAGGGUUAAUAAGAUUAAAAAACUUUCCAAGAAAAGUGGAUAACAAAGAUCAUAGAAAUCCAAAUAAAAAACCGACUGUUUUUAAUCCAAAUCCAAAAUCUUAGAAGUACAAAUUAAAAAAAAAAACACUGGGAAAAAUAUAAAAAGAAAACAUUUAAUUAAAAAAAAAAAGCUGAAAGAUUCUCUUCUUACUAAAAUUUAGAGAAAUGUUAAGUUAAUUAUAAAAAGUAUAAAAUAAAAAAGAUAUAAAAAUUUUACAUAAAAAGGAACCGCAAGGACCAAUUUGUGUGACAAAUUUAAGAGGCGAAUUUUUAGAAAAUUAUUUGCUGGUGAAAUGGGAUAUCUGCAGCUGAAUUGAAAAAAUAUUGUAUAUAUUUAAUACCAACUUAUUUUUUCAUACACCCCUCAAUUGAUUGAUUGCGUUUAAUUCAAUUGCAUAAGGCCGGUAAACAUAAAUGGAUAACUCAAACUGAUAAACUAUUUCAGCUGUCAAAAGGUGCAUGUAAAACCACUAAUUUACGAAAAUAGCAAAUAACUGUUCAUACAAAAAGUACAGUGUGUUUGUGUGUGCGUGUGUUGAACAAAGAAAGCAACAACUAAACUGUAAACAAACUUGAAUAAGUAAAAGUAAACACGAAUACGAACGGACAUAACCUCAAACCACAGCAAACGGUAAUUAAAAUCCACUCAAACUGAUAUAAAUCACAAGUAAAUAAAAAAUGGGAAAAUAAAUAUAAAAAACAACACGGAAUAAGACGACAAAUUUAAAUACACCCAUACAUACACACGAUAUGUAUAAGAGCAGCAAGCAAGGAAACCCACAAGACAACACACAGGACAGGAAAAGCUGACGCUAAAGAUUUCUUAGCCACAAUCGGAAAAAUAUAUGCAAAAGCAUACAUGUGAACAAAAAAAAUAAAAAAUAUUAAAAAAGUUCCAUUGAAAAGAAAUUAACAAGACAAGUACAAGUACCACUAAGCCAACUGCCUUACUGUCGCUUUGCCCACACACCUCACGUCUAAAAACUUUCGAUAAACGCCGAUGCUGCAUAGCUCAGAAGCAAAAUGAACGCAGAACAAAUCAAUUAAGGCAAUUGAAGAGCGAGUAUCAUAUGCCAAGGAAGCAACACAACAAACAACUCAGCUCGUCGGGCUGAAAAACCCAAAGCAACAGUAAAAAUCUUUGUAAAAUUGACAACCCGACAAAAGCUGUCCCCAGACUGCUGGCGGCAAGAAAAAGAGGCAUUUGAAAAAAAUAAAAUAACGAUGACAUUUUGUAGCAUAAGCCAAGGCGUUUAACACGUGCAAGAGACAACUCAAACAAAUGUGCGCUCACGCUAAUUGGCCAGUCGACAAAGGACGCUACCGCCGAAUUGGAAGAGAAAAAAUGCGAGCGACGACUAGCUCGCUUAAGAAGGCAAAUAGGCGAGAGCAUAUGAAAUGUUUCGAAAAAAAAAAUGUACAAAUAAAUGUGUAUGCAGCCUUAUGCUACAGAGAACGCGAAAAAGGUAAACACACACGACUCUAUUUGUAAAAGAGUUUUGUAGAAAAAAAAACAGUAAUCGUCACAGAGUUGCAUUUCAGUUGAAUGAUUCUAUGUAAAUUGGAUUAAAAUGAUGCAGUUAUUUAAGGCAAUUAAAUGUAAACAAACUAACACUACCAAAAAAGGAGAGUUGAGGGUUGAGCAAUGAGAGAGAGCAGUGAGAGUUCGGUGCGAGUACACGAGAGAGCACAUCAAAUAGAGUCAGUUUGCGAAAACGAAAAUUUUGCGUCACUCAAAGUUUUGAGUAUUCUAUAAAUUGAAGUUGAAAAUACAGGGCCAGGCAGUUUGAGGGUAAUCACGAUACCCGAGUUAAAUUUUGCAGAACAUUUAUUGUACAUACAUACAUACAAAAAGUGGAGCCACCUACUAUUUAUUUUAAGCCGCCUCCGAACGGUUGAUGUAUUUCUAUGAAGAACAUUUAUUUCAUGUCGAAAAUACAAGCGGCGGAAUUGACAUUCGCAAUCCGAUAAAAUUAUUUAAAAUUUAUUUUUUUAUAUUUAAUUUAGGAUCCAAAUCCAUGAUCUCAUGCGUAAUAUAUAUGGAACGCACAAAUGAAUAUUAAGUUUCUAAAAUUCUUACACCAUUUAAGCUUAACAGGCCCGCAAUAGAUUAGAAAUUAAUAGCAGCAAACACAGGUUGAGUUCCUCCUGUGACUUGUUUGUGUCUUUUGCCGAAAUGAGAGAAAGAAUAAGCAAUUAUAUGAUAACUUUACGUCCUUAAAUAAAGAUAUUAUAUUCUUUGUGUAAAAAAAGGUCAGAAAAAUGCAACAAAUAUACGCAGCACUAAUUUCUCUCUAAUUCCUCUCUUUCUCCCUCACACAAUACACACUCAUUGACAAACCACUCAAGUCCAAUGCUCUUCCGGAAGAAACAAUCGGUUGCAUUGCCUCUCUGUUUACAUAAAAGAGCUUUGCUCACCUGCAAAUACAGCAGCAGCAGCAAACAACAACACACACAUGCACGUGUCAACGGCGUACAACAUAGUUAAUCCCACAAAUUGGUCGAAAAUAUGAAAAUUUGCACCCGCGCAAAUAUAGACUCUUGGGUCGACACUGCGCCACCCUUCGGCAGAGAGGACGUACCAACUACGUACAAUAUGCAAAUGAAUAAGGGAGCGUGUGUUUCUAUUAUAUAUCGUGCAUGUCGACGUUUGGCAUUGUGGAAACCAAAAGAGACUCCAAUUAAAGCUGUAAAAUACACAGGCAUACACAAACAUGAAUAGAAGAAUGGCGGAGCGAGCAACUGUCGGCCGACGACAGACUGAGCAGCCACAACAGUAUGGACAUACUCAUGAAACUAAUGAUCAACUACACUCCCGACCUACACUGCUUGUUUGUGCGCCUAAAAGUAUGCACCACUCGAUUGGCUAUAAAUACGCGCGCGCAAUUACGGUCAUAAAUCAGUUGAAAACGAAUUUUGGACACGUGCGGUAGUAGCCAAAGCUUCGCGAUACCAAACAAACGUAUGCAAAGCAACGCAAAUUUAAUUGGUUAAUUGCAAUUUGCAUAGAUUUAAAGCCCUCAAGCGGACAAAAAGAAUUUUUACAAAAAAUAAAUUUACUACGCGUCCAGCAUUUCCUCCUCGAAAUCAAAAAGCAGAGCGCACAAAGGAUUAGUGCCUGCUGUUUGUUAUUUUUUACUUCUUCUUUUUGAGUGCGGGAAAUGUUUACUAAUUGGCUAACAGGCACCACGGGCUCGAGUAACGGCAACAGCACACCAACGACAACGAUUGGUGUUAACUCGAAUGCAGUGACGGACUCUGGCGAAUCCGUUGUGUUGCCAGUAGGCACAGUUGCUGCCGCCGCUGCUGCUGCAGCCGGUUCCUUAGCAACGAGCAUUAUGUCCACACCCCCUGAUGUGGUGUUAGAAGUAGGUCCCGCCGGUCCGAGCAGCGCACGCUUUGUGGCGCAUAGUCUUGUACUAGGCAUGCACAGCGGUUAUUUGCGUUCCGCAAUACGUUUGGACGAGAAUACCGCCAUAGUCGGAGCCGGCAAUGAGUUCAUCCUAUACUUAGGUAAUGUGACCGCAGAGCAGUUCAGUCCAUUGCUCACAUACAUGUAUACUGGUUAUUUAGACUUGAAUGUAGAAAACAUAUUUGGUGUGCUUUUGGCAACUCACGUGCUUCACAUGCCGCGCGCGCUCGAGAUUUGCCGUUCCUUUUUAGCACGCGCGCAAACCGAAGGCUAUAUAGCCAGCAAUCCUAUAGCAGGCCAGUUGUCUGCUGGAGCAAAUACAAGCACGAAAAUUAUACGUCCCAUACCCAGUAAGGCUACUCUGCCGAACUUUGGUUUUGUGCCGCUUAGUACGACACAUGCAACCCACGCACAAUCACAAACUGUUUUAACUUCAAACAACAGUGUCAAUUACAAGCAGUUGCAGGUGUAUGGGAACGGUACUGCGUUGGCUCCAAACAAUCGUUGCGAAAUGCGUCCAGCGAGUAUUGAAAUCGACAUCGACCGCUCAACGCCACGCCAACACAUGCUGGUCGAUGAGGAUGAGGAAGAUGUUGAAGUUUUCAUCGAUAACAAUACAGAGUCCGAUCCAGAGGGUGAUCUCGAUUGCGCAAUUUCGGUAACAUCGCACUCAUCAAAACGAGAAUCCCUCGACAAUAAGCAUGAGUCGCGUGAUAGUAGUGGAGAAUGUGAAAUCAUAGUAACUGUUGCUGAGCCGCCGGUACCGAUUGAGAAAGCGCGUACAGAUCGCGAUAGAGAAAUAGUACGUGCGGGCCGUAAUAAGUCAAAUACAUCCAAUGGUUGUGCAGCACCAGAUAACAACACCAGCAAGAGCGAACGACGUAGACAAUCGCGUAAACAUCACAAAACCAGCGGUUCACGUGCAUCUGGACUGCAGGUGGCCAAAGCGCCAAUACCAGCUUCGCAACUGGAUAACAACGAAAGCUCGAAGGUGAUCAUUGACGUCGCGAGCUGCGACGGGCCGGUGCGCUUUCGACGCAUACUCAACACAGCGUACGGACAUGAACCGGAAGACUAUGCAGUUAUGCCCGAACGUAGUCAGCAAAGCCUUUCGCUCUCCUUCCAUCAACAAAUGGCAAAGGCUAUAAACCAACAGCGACAGCUCGCCACGGCCAAUGAGGAGUCCGAGAAUAGCGAAUCCAGUGGCGGCGGAGGCAGUGGUGGCGCACAGAAUGCUGCUGGAGGUGGCGGUAAUGGUAAGCAGAAUAAGAGCGCUAACAAUGAGAUCUACGUUUGUGUAUAUUGCAAGCACACUUUUAAGUCACAGUAUUGCUAUCAGAAGCACGCAAAGCGUCAUCUCAAUCCGCUCAGUCUCAAUUGCGCUGCCGCCGCAGCUUCAGCGGCAGUCAAAAUGGGGAAUGCUAGUGCCGAUGUUGACGAGAAGAUAACAGCAGCGUCCGCAAAGUCGGCGCAAAGUGUUAGUGGUGUUAGUAGCGGUUUCAAUUUAACAUGCAGCGGCGGAGGCCUCCCACUACCCAUUAUGACCAGCAAACAAGGUGCGAGCGAGCUGAUGCGUCGUGAAGUGCGUCCGCUGGACAUGAACGUGCAGUAUUAUCCAUGCAAGACGUGUGGCAGCAAGUUUCCUAGUUACUACUUUGUGCAUAAACAUCGGAAGAUGUGCCAUGCCGAGGAGGAAGCGGCAGCCGCGGCAGAAGCCGCGAACAAGCGGGAGACUGGUGCUGGGAAUGGUGCUACCGGAAGUGGUGGGGGUGAAGCAAAGCGUGAAAAGUCAACGGAAAAAGUAUUGGAUUAAUGAAAGUUCAUAAAAACUAAUUUCAAUAAGGAAAUAUAAAGAGAAAAAAAGGAUUGGACAAAGGAACAAUUUGAUUGGAAAUUAAGAGACACACGUAUGUAAGUACAUACGUAUGUAUGUAGUAGGUUCCCAAUAAAAGCUAUGGAAAAAAUUACUAACACACACGAAUUUAAUUAGCAACUUAAUUAACAUGAAUUGUAAACAAAUUAGAUUUUAGCACAAAAAUAAAAAAAGGAAAAGAAAUAUACAAAAAGAGAUGCACAAAAGAUAAAAUGGCAAUUAACAAACAAAGUAAUAAACGAAAUUUGCGAAAAUAAUACCAAAGUCAGUAUGUAUUUACUUUUCAUUUACAUUUAAGAAGAGUAGAAGGAGGCGUCUGCUGCCGUUAAAAGAAAUCCACUCAGGAGUACGGAGGCUCUUCUUAUAUACUUCUGAAUGGUAGAGGUGGAAAUAAAAAAAACGUUGUGAAAAUAUUUGAAAUUAAUUACAGACUUAUUUGUGCUGAGCAAAUAAUUAGAGAAAAAAUGCCAAAAGGGGCGGAAGUAGUAACAGAAAAAUUGGCAAAAACGACUGAGGAGGGAGGUUAAAUAAGAAAAGAGAAUAAGUAAAAUAAGUAAAAGUGACUGAGCGAUUAGUGCUGUGGGUUUUGAAGGUAAAUAUUCUCGAGCUUAAUUAACACACAAGGGAACAAAGCCCAAGCAUAGUGACAAUAAACCGCAACCAAAAAUCGUUGGAUAAAAAUAUAUACAUACAAACUUAUGGACGUACGAGUAGUAGUAUAGUGUGUCAUACACAUUAGUGUUAUAAGUAUUUGCGAUUUUCAAAAUUUACAUAAAAUUCUGUGAAUUAUAAAUAACUCCUAAGAGGUCUUUUUUUAAAUUUUGUGAAACCUUUUCAGACCAAAGAAAAAAUAGAAUUUAUAGUUCUAAUAAAAAGCUAUCCAUUACUUUUGCAAUAUCUAACUUUAGUGGUCUGCAUAUCGCGGUCAAUAUGUGCGAUUGGGUUACGCUAAAUAGCGCUAAAAAGAUGAUAGAUUUACUAAAAAAGAUAACGGUAAAAUUGCAUCCCACACGUGAGUACAUGCACUGUACAAUUUCACUGCAAGAGAUUCGAGGGAAAAAUCGACGAGAUAAUCGACUACAUCACGCGGGAGCAUCUGUCAACUGCUGCAAUCCAGAAAACCAAGUUGAUCGCCCGUUCGGAUCUUCUAAGCUGGGCGUGAUGCAAUAUUGUCCGCGAGAACCGCGAGCGAGACCAUGGUGGAUGAUUAGCGUUCAUCUUACACAACACCGUGCAUUAUCGUCUUAUCGAUGGCGGCACUGACCGGAUAUCACCCUAGAAUAUCAGGGCAUAGCUAUCCGGUCCGGCGAUGGCGAGCUCGAAAUAUUUAAUAUAUACAUUCCUCCUGUUACAAGUUGCCCAGCUGGGUAUAGCCCUGAUGUAGGUGCGCUAGUCAGAGGCGGGAGGACCCGUUUGGUUUUUGGGCGACUUUAAAGCGCAUCACGAUCAUUGGCAUUCUAGGCUGUCAAAUGACCGUAGAGGAAUGGCGCAACAGAUAGGCGAUUCGACAUUUUGCACAAUGAAAGAUAAUACCCCCACUUGAGUUGUGGGUAAUUGACCGAACUUACCAGACAUAACAAUUGAGAAGUCUGGUCUGAUAAACAGUAUAGCCUGGCUUUCUAUAGUGACACUAGCAUCGGACCACUUACCCAAAUAGAUCUCGAUUGACAGACCUACUAACUUUGUUUCCAUCGACCACCAGACAUUUGUUAAAAAGCUAACUGGUCCGGCUUCAGGGAAUUUACCGAGAAUGCCUUUCGUGCUCUCCCCACUCCAUCAAAUGUCACUGCCGUCCUAAUUUUCCGAUGAAAGGGCGGUUCUAGCAUCAAGGUGCGACACCAUUCGCAACGCUUAACCUAAAUAAGGGAUCUAAUUUAGGACUGGGCUACAGUCAAGUCAUUGUCUAACCCGAUGACACGAUGACCGAGUGGAAAGUUCAUUCGGUGUCCGCGCCUCUGCAUCCCGCCGCCUACGCAAAGUGCCAAACACCAUCGCAACACUCAAUUUCUCUAGUACAGAGGUUUAGGGGGUCAUCGGAAAGGCGAAAGCCUAACAAAUCCAUCGGCCCCGACCAUGUUGAUGAUAAAACAUCUUGGAUCAGCAGGAGCACGUCUUUGACUACUCUAAAAAUACCCGAUGUGUGGAAAAUGGGUAGGGUGUUCCCGUUACUCAUGCCGGAGAAACUAGCCAACAAAGGAGAGUCAUCUCGGCCUUAUAUCUCUCGUCUCUCCAGUAGGGAAAAUACUUGAGGUCUUACUGCUCCCGACGUUCACUCGCCAUCUGAGUCCAACAGCAUAUCAGCAUGGUUUCCGCAAAGUGCAUAGUACAACAACAGCACUUAACGUCAUAAACACCCAGAUAGUCAAUGCUCUUAACCAAAACCGGCCUUGCGCACGACCUGGUAGCACUGGAUCUGUCAAAAGCUUUUGACACCAACAACCAUUCAGUGCUAAUAUCGGACAUUGAGGAAUCCUCAUUACCGCCGGGGUUGAACAGGUGGAUCAAGGGUUAUCUGUGUGGUCGUCAAUCAUCGGUACAAUUUCGAAGCGAAACAUCGAGGCUUAGGAAGAUUAAACAAGAGGUUCCGCAGGGUGGUAUCAUCUACCCACUAUUGAUUAAUUUCAAUAUUUCGAAACGCCCUCCUUUACCAGAAGGGGUUUCGUUGACCACAUAUGUCGAUGAUUACUCGUCAUUGAAGUCAGGCCACGAUAUUGAUGAUCUUUGUUCGAAGGUGAACGGCUAUCUCGGCGAUCUGUCCCAAAUAUGACCGCAACUGCCACAAAACUCCAGAGCCGCAAAAAAAUACUAAAAGCACUAGGCGGCAGCACUUUGGUUGAAGAUAAAAAAAACCGUGCUGGCAACCUACAAAGCAAUUAGCAGGCCGGUCGUUAACUAUGCUGCACGGAUCUGGGCACCGGAUACAAACGAAAUCAUCUGCAUCACAGCAGCCACAGGCUUGCCAGAACACCGCCCUCAGGAUAGCAACAUCUCCUGAUGUCGCCGGAGCAUCACUUGCACAGUGAACACCCCAAGCGGCAUCUCAUUGAAGCUGAGCCUCCACCCAGACACAUCAGAAAGGGUGUAGUAGACAUGAAAGACACCAUCCAGCAACACGUUCAACAACCGCUGGACAGUACGACUUACAGACAAGCACUAAACGCCAUUCACUAGGAGUCAGUCAACAAGUUUGUGUUUAAACUUUACAUUACUUUUUGAUGGGGACUCAAUGACUCAAAAAAUUUCUUAUGUACUCGUAAUGUAAUGACGAAGGAAAUAUUUUAGUACCAUCACAAAUGAAUAUUAUAUUUAUAUCGUUAUUGAUGGUUUUGAAGAUGGUGAUUGAAAAGAAACUAUUGCAGAUGGCAAACCAAACAUUGACAAACCUACAUGAAUUAAACUUGGAUUUUUCCCCACAUCCAUCGUAUUCACCAGACUGUUAGUUGACUUCAAUAAAUGCUCAGCGAUACGCUUCAAUGAAGAGGUAUCUCUCUCAAACUGAGUCCCACCAUUUUGAGGCAAAAGAUAAAUCCUUCCACAAAAUUAGUAUUGAAAUGUAAGCGUGGCACUGUAAUGAUUGUAGGGCUUUUGGUCCAGGUACUUUUCAGUACAUUUGCUAUCUCUUAAGGAUAAAAUGAAAUUUCUAAAAAAAAAUCAUACAAAAAGUAUAUGAUUAAAAUUAAACCGAACUACUGUAAAGCCAGCUCAUAAGAGCACCCAUUUGCUAGAAAAAUCGUUCCUAAAAUAUGCGAAACAGAAAUUAUUCGAAUUUUCACUUGCAUCACCCGGCAUUUACCAGCUUACACUCACCUAUUGCAUUAUAAGCAGACAAAUAUAAUUUUAAAACAAAUUUAAGUACAAAAUAAUUAAGUAAAUAAAAUAAUU